GACAAAUGUUCAUUCACUGAAAUGAACAUCAACUGAGAAUGAAAUGAAGGGCAUCAUGAUAUUGGCAAGAAGUGAUGCAUAUCAAGGCACCAAGUGUAAUGACCAUUCAGUCGAAAACCGUUACCAGACAAUGAUAAUCAAGACUUCACAGAGAGCAAAUCUACUGAACAAGAAAUGGAUUCUUUUAUUGCUUGGGAUGAAUUUCUAAAUAAGGAACUCUCAAAACAUGUAUCCCCAACUGAAAGUGAAUUACGCAAGCAAUCGUUAUUUGUUCAGUUUGAUCCUUUGCUUAAACGAUCUCCAUUAAUAAAAGAUCCAAAGUAUGUAGGUUCAGAAAGUGAAGGCUCAAUAUCCGGUGGUGACAAUGUGUUUGAAACUCCCAAACAGAAAUUAAUUGAUUUUGAAUAUGUUGAAGUAAAAGAAUCUAUAAACAGAUCUUCACCAUCUAUUAUGAUGAUGAACAUGGAUGAUCAUGAAGUUGAUGUUGAUGGAAGAUCUUCAAUCAUGAUACCUUCACAUCAACCAACACAUACAACUUCAUAUGCGGAUGAUGAAGAUCCACAAGAAGAGAUUCAAAAAAUGGAAGAAGAGAAAAAAAUUAAGAGGAGAGAGCGUGAACGUGAGAUUCUUAGGAUGGAAGAAGAGAUAAAACAACUUGAUGCAGAACUUGAAAAUCCACCAGACAAUUCCGAUGUUGUUCAACUGAUAUUAUUCACAUUGGAUGUUAUAAUCAAUUCCAGGACAUGCAUUCAUACUCAUGUUAAAUGCAGGAGGGUUAUUAAAGAAUGUGAACGUGAAGCAGAUGUGAUUUUAGAAAAGGCUGAGUUAGAUUUGAAUUCAAACAAACAAAUGGUUCAUGAAAGUACAAGUGAUUGUAUUUCAUCAAAUGAAGUUUUGGAAAAUUAUCGAAAAAAAACGAAAAAUGUUGUUUCUCUUCUCAAAAACAAGAACCAGGUAGAGAACUUACUUCGAGGCGAACUUGAUCAAAAUCUUCAAAUAUUUGCUAAAGAUCUUGGAGAAAGGAACAAAGUUGAAAUGAAUAGUAAAGAAGAAGACAUGAAAUUCAAGAAAGAGACAAAUGAUAUGAUGGCAAUGGAAGAUCGAGAGAUAUUAGCGCUCGAGUCAAUUCUUAAAAAAGAAAUCUUAGAAGUUGAAGGACUUGAUGUUGAACUGCAGGAAACUCGGCAGAAAAGAGAAGAACUUACAAAAAUGUGCGAUGAAUUAAUUGCAGCAGUCGGAAACUAGAUUUCAAAUAUUUAUAACAAAUCAUAUUGCAAUACUAUAAACACACUUCAGUUGUUUGGGAAGUGCCUUAACAAUUUGUUUCUUUUUGGACACUUGCCUUGCUACAAAUUUCUUUGUUUGACUUCAAAAAUAAAAGUUUCUGUUUAUUUA